AAAAUUAGCUCGCACCAGUAAGAAAGAGAGUUACGCUCUAACCCAGAAGCUUUCUUACGAUGUCAAGAAUUGUGGAAUUCUGGUACGAGUAUCCUGACUUUGGGAAGCGUACAGUCUCAAGAACAAUGAAAACUUAUAAGUAUGGACAUGGUUAUGAUUGAUGAGGAGGGUUCUUAUGUCCAUCCUAGCAUCAAAGGAAACUUUGCCCAUUUGUUUCACGAAAUUGUUGAAGGAGGGAUAUAUUAUAUUAAAAAUUUUGACGUCGUUGAUAACAGAAACAAAUUUUGUGUUGUCGGAGACAAUAAAAUCAUGAUUCAGUUUAAUGCAAACUCAAGUGUAAGACCGGCACCUGGUGGAGGACCUGAAAUUCCAAUGUACUGUCCAGAAGUGGAGGGAUUGGAGGCAAGCUCUGUAGUUGAUGAAAACUUUAAUAAAGACAGCAAUAUGGAAAACACUGUAGAGAUGGUUGAAGCUGCACAUGAUGCUUUUACUACUGAUCCAGACGCAUUUGUGAAAUUGUUGGAAGAUGCUGAAAAACCCAUAUAUCCUGGGAAUCUGAAGUUUACGAAGUUAUCGACCCUUGUAAGCGCCGGCCAGCAACACCACCAGACCGACGAGGGAAGGUCCUUCCGGCGAGACUUCCCCGACCUCCUUCUCCCCUAUCGGCAACUGCCUCCCGACGGCAAGGAGCAAUCUACGACGACGAUGACCAGUGGGAAUAGCGACGAGGACACCCUGCGCAGUGAUUCUCCUCCCCCAACGGAUUACAGGGCAGCGGCGAGUUUCACCGUCAAUUUCGCCCAAGCCCAAACAACGGCGACCCGAAUCUUCUCUGCUCCAGCCACAAUUUACGACAGUGGGGAUGGGCACGUCUGGUUGGAUUUCUUCUACAAAUAUGAAGAUAUUGUGGCUCUAUUCAAAUAUUAGCUACUGCAACCUCCAAGUGAUGGGGAAUGACAAUUCUGGAGCAAAUUGUUUGAAUUAUUUGUUAUUUCCAUGAGCAUUUAAAUAUGGCAUACUGACAAGCUUGUGAGAAAAAAAAUCCUGUGUUGGAGAAGAUGCACAUCAAACUGAAAUGGAUUCCGGUACAAGAUGUGCAUUGUCUACGCUCACUUUUCCAUCAACGCCUCCAUCAUCAAUGAAAACAAGUCAAUUAAGUCAAUUGGAAUCCGAAACUUCCUUGGAGAAAAGAAGAUUGAAGACUAAAGUGGAUGCUUUACAAGAAAAUGUUGCUAGAGCAAGGGAUGUAUUCAAAAAUGUUAUUGAGGGGACAAAUAACUAAAUUAGGCAUGCUAAAUGGACAAUUAGAGUGUGAUUUUAAUUAUGUAAAUAUUAAAUUAUUGGAUGUUAU